CUGAGGGUCCCUGUCUGGUGUGUGGGAAAGAAAGAUGAGUUUUCUGAGUGGAUUCUUUGGUCCCAUUUGUGAGAUAGAAGUUGUACUGAAUGACGCGGAUACCAGGAAAGUGUCAGAGAUCAAAACUGAAGAAGGCAAAGUAGAGAAACACUUCUUGUUCUAUGAUGGGGAGUCAGUAGCUGGAAAGGUUAAUAUUGUCUUCAGGCAGCCCGGUAAAAGAUUAGAGCAUCAAGGAAUCCGCAUUGAGUUUGUUGGGCAGAUUGAACUUUUUAAUGACAAAAGCAACACACAUGAAUUUGUCAAUCUAGUGAAAGAGUUGGCCCUACCUGGAGAGCUGACUCAGAGUAGAAACUAUGAUUUUGAAUUUAUGCAAGUGGAGAAGCCAUAUGAAUCCUACAUUGGUGCAAAUGUGAGGCUGAGGUAUUUCCUCAAAGUAACAAUAGUACGGCGCCUUACGGAUUUGGUCAAAGAAUAUGACCUUAUCGUCCACCAACUGGCUACCUACCCUGAUGUGAACAAUUCCAUCAAAAUGGAAGUUGGCAUAGAGGAUUGCCUGCAUAUAGAAUUUGAAUACAACAAGUCAAAGUACCACUUAAAAGACGUCAUUGUUGGAAAAAUCUACUUUCUAUUGGUCAGAAUAAAAAUCCAGCACAUGGAGUUGCAAUUAAUAAAGAAAGAGAUCACUGGAAUAGGCCCUAGCACUACAACAGAGACUGAAACGGUCGCAAAAUAUGAAAUCAUGGAUGGAGCACCAGUCAAAGGUGAAUCUAUUCCUAUUCGGCUUUUCCUCGCUGGGUACGAUCCAACACCAACCAUGAGAGACGUCAACAAAAAGUUUUCUGUCAGAUAUUUUUUAAACCUGGUUCUUGUCGAUGAAGAAGACAGAAGAUAUUUCAAACAACAGGAGAUCAUCUUGUGGAGAAAAGCCCCUGAAAAGAUCAGGAAAAGAACCAAUUUUCAUCAGCGGUUUGAGCCACAGGAGCCACAAGCAUCUGCCGAAGAGCCAGAGAUCUAAUUGUGCAUUUACUUAUCAGAUGAAGGAUAGAAGCAGACAUGUAAAGGCAAAAUCUCUCUUCGGAUAGCCUUCCUUCAUCUGGCGCUGCUGCAUCAAUGUACCACACUAAACAUUCUGAGGGUCUGUAUGUAAUUCCACAUGUACAUAUAUAAAUAUCGAGUGCUUUUGCUGAAAAAAAAAAAAACACUGGACCUUUCUCAGACUAGCAUUUUAUAACUCCUUACAUUUUAAUUUUCAGGUUAUGACAUGGCACACGCAUAAGCUCAAACUCUUUCACUUUCUUUUUUUUUUUCUGUUGGUGCAUGUCAGGCUGGUAUAAAUGGAAAAUUAAAAGCCUUUCCCCUCAUGCUGCUUGUGUCUGCUAAACUUGUUUCUUAUAUCGGUUUGGAACAUCUAAAAUCAGGCAGAUAAUAUUGUGAAUUGUCCCCCAAUCCUUAGGUUUCACCUUGAAAAUGAGGCAUUUAUAAAACAUUGGAAGCUGCGUGUAUGUGUGGAUUUUAUCUGACACUUAUGGUUUCAUCUCUAAGGGUGAAGACUGACAGAACUAGCAGCAGCUAACCAUAACAGUCAAUUCUCAGUAUUGUCUAUGGAAGGGUAUUUCCUGGUGUUAAGUAACCGUGACAAGUAGCUGCUACUAGUAGCUCUGUGUGUCUUCAACCCCCCCCCGGCCUAUCUCUGUCUGUUUGCCAAAUGGUUAUCAAUGUUUUUUAUAUACCUUGGGGCAAACACAUUUGCAAUGUAGCUAAUAUAAAGAGCUAACCUAAUAUUCAGAGUAUAAUUACAUAAGGAAAGAUUAUUCAAUUUUUUUUUUUUAUUUUCUUGUUUUUGUUCCCUUUGACAUAACGGUAACAUAGACGUUUCUAAUUUGCGAUGUAUAUAAAUGGCUUUAUUAUAUUGUAAAAGUAUUUUAUAUACCCAGUUUUUGGGGAGAGAAAUACUGAUGAAAAAUAAAAUCUUAUGAACCUUA